AUGGAAUUAAGAAAACGAUCUUUAACAAAAGACUUUACAAAUAAUAAUUAUAAAUAUAAAUUAAAAAAACAAAAAAAUGAUAAUUCAAAAAGACAAAGUCAUAUAGAAGAUCUUUCAGGUGAAAUUUGGUUUGAAUUAUUUGCUUAUUUUGAUGGUCAAUCAUUAAUUAAUGUAUUUUCUCAAUUAAAUUCUUAUAUAACAUCAUUAUUAAGUGAUUAUCGUCUUCCAAUUCAUCUUAAUAUAUUAUGUUCAAAUUUUCAAAUUCCAUCUCUAUUCAAUACAAAUCAAAUUGUAUCACUUACUAUAGAUUAUUCUUAUAUAAAUGAUGAUAAUCAAAAACUUCAUAUAAAUUCAUUUAUUCGUCUUCGUUCACUUUGUUUAAUAUAUAUUAAUGAUGAACAAUUAGAAAAAGUAAGUCAAUUUCCAUUGAAUAAUCUUUGUCAGAUAUCAAUUCGAGCAAAAUGUGCAAGAUUUAUAACAAAAAUCAUAUCGAUCUAUUUUCCUAAUGUUAAUCGACUGAUACUUAAUUCAAUGGAAAAAGAAUUUCUUGUUAAACCAUUUCAACAUGAUAAAACAAAAAAUCGAAUUGAAAAAUUAACAUUAAAUGGUCGAAUUAAAUUAGCGAAACUUUUUCGUCUUUGGUCUUUUGUUCCUAAUCUACGUUCUCUUUCACUUAUUAAUGGUGGAGUUCAUCAAUGUGAUUAUUGGAUGGAUGAAAAUAUAAUUUCACAUAAGAAUUUUCCUCCAAAUUUAUCAUUUAUGCAUAUAAAUAUAUGUGAUGAUGAUAUGAGUUUCUCAAAUUUAGAACGUUUAAUACCAAAAAGUAUUCGUUAUUUAAUUCUAAGUGGUUCAAUGGCUGAUGAUGAUUUAAAUGAUUAUUUAUCAUCAACAAACUGGAUUCGAUUAAUAUCAAAUUGUUCAAAUAAACUUAAUUAUAUUAAACUUAAUAUUUCAUCUUAUUAUGAUCCAAGUGAUUCAACUGGAUUAAGAAAAUUAUUAUUAGAUUUUCGAAAUAAUUCAUUUUUUCAUAAUACAAUUAUUAAAAGUCAAAACUUUUUUAUAACCAUCAACGGAUAUAUUAAACCCGAUCUUAAUCAAUGA